UAAUCUCUUACACCUUCUUUUGUUACUAACAAAAAUAGCCAAGAUGUCCGUUUAAUGUUUGGAAAAAAUGUUCACAUUAUUUGUUAGGCUAGGAUCCAAGGACUAUCUAAAUAAUUGACAUUAUUAUAACAAAUCGAUGCUGAAACGUAUAAUUGGUCUACAUUGAAAAUGAGAGAAGUCAUAUCGAUUCACAUUGGACAGGCCGGUUGCCAGAUCGGGAACGAAUGUUGGCCAUUGUUUGCUCUCGAGCAUGGCGUCCAGGCUGACGGUAAAACAGGCCCACAGGUCAAGGUAGACGAAAGCAUGAACACGUUUUUCAACGACACCAGAUCAGGACGAGUCGUACCGCGCAAUAUUUUCGUAGAUCUGGAAGAAUCCGUGGUGGAUGAAAUCAAAACGGGUCCUUAUCGGGAUUUGUACCACCCUUUGUACAUGAUCUGUGGCAAGGAGGAUGCUGCCAACAAUUACGCCCGAGGACACUACACUGUCGGCCGUCAGAACAUGGAACCAAUCUCGAAUGCAGUGCAGAAGCUUGUGGAACAGUGUGAGGGAUUGCAGGGAUUUCUUAUUUUUCGUUCUUUCGGAGGAGGUACCGGAUCGGGACUGACCUCUCUGUUGAUGAGUCAACUUUCAAUGGACUAUGGCAAGAAAUGCAAACUAGAAUUUGCUGUGUAUCCGGCUCCAAUGAUCUCAACAUCCGUUGUAGAGCCUUACAAUACUGUUCUGACUACACAUACAACCAUGGAAUCCUCCGACUGUUGCUUCAUGAUGGACAACGAGGCAACCUAUGAUAUUUGUUCUAAAAAUCUACAAAUCGGAAGGCCUGAUUACCGGCACUUGAACGCGUUAGUGGCCCAGAUUGUAUCUUCCGUGACGGCAUCGCUGCGAUUCAAAGGAACCAUGAAUGUGGACCUCAACGAGUUUCAAACUAAUUUGGUUCCUUAUCCAAGAGUGCAUUUCCCGCUCGUGUCUUAUGCCCCUCUGCUGUCAGCAUCCAAAGCCCAGCAUGAGUUAUCGUCUGUGGCAGAGAUUACCAACGCUGCUUUCAGUCCCCAGAACAUGAUGGUGAAGUGUGAUCCUCGAACUGGCAAAUAUAUGGCAUGUUGCCUGCUUUAUCGGGGAGAUGUCGUUCCAAACGAUAUCAACAACGCAAUCACCACCAUAAAGAACCGACGAAACAUAAUGUUCGUUGAUUGGUGUCCAACGGGUUUUAAAAUUGGAGUGAAUCAACAAAGCCCGACCAUCUUACCUGGGGGUGAUCUCGCAAAGCCCAAGAGGGCGGUCUGUCUUUUGUCCAACUCGACAGCCAUUGCCGGAGCGUGGGAACGUAUGAAUUACAAGUUUGAUCUCAUGUACCGGAAGCGCGCCUUCGUCCAUUGGUAUGUGGGCGAGGGCAUGGAGGAAGGAGAGUUCAGCGAAGCACGAGAAGAUUUGGCUGCACUAGAGAAGGACUACGAGGAGGUUGGUUGCAACAAUGUCGACGAGGAUGAUGAAUUUGGUGAUGAUGAGUAUUGAGAAGUUGUCUGUUUUAAAUAUGUAUGUGUUUUUUAUGUGAAUAUAUGUAUGUUAGAAAAUUGAAACUGGUAAAAUAUUUGGAAAUAUGACAAAAUAGAUAUUCGUUAUCACAGGUCUAGAA